AUGGAUGACUUCAACUUUCAGAGACUCCAACAGCAAUUCAAUACAGGCCAGCUCCAAGGACAAGCGCACAACGCGCAACACAAUACACCUGAGCGUCCCAACCCCGUCCAGAAUCCAUACUCUCACCAACUCCAUAAUCCGAACAACGUUGUAGCGCCACAACAUUACCAUCAGCUCACACCCGCACAUGCCAUCCAGCGCCAGUACAAUCACUUCCCACCCCAAGCGGUCCUUCCCCGGCAAUUAUACGCACAGCAGCACGGGCCCUUGCAGGCUAUUUCGUCCUAUCCUCGAGGACCCGACCUCAGAGACGCGCGUUACGCAUUUGUCGAACCUAGACGAACGCUCACCGUGAAUGGUGCACCUCCGUUGACGCGAGCGUUCCAUCAACAUGACGCGGCGGUCAGUGCCACAAUCACCCACAGGCGAGAUCAUAUGCCCAUCCAGAACUUCACGGAGGCCUUUGACGCUGCGCCACCCAUCAUUCCAUCCAGCACCGUCGAGAAGCGCCCAAGAGCAGAGUCGACCUCGACCACGACAGCCUCAGCCGCGAAGACGCCGACCAGCUCACCGCCAAAGAAGAAGCGUUCACAGAAAACGGAGGCGCCUGUUCUCGAUGUCAACGAUCGUAGUGGGAAGCCGUGGACAGAUGCGGAGGAGGACAAUUUGGUGGCAAACUGGGUGGGGCCGGAGGGUGCAGAGUACCUGGCGAAGUGGCAAGAGUUUAAGGAAGAGGGAUGUCGUCUGAUAUCAGAAGGUCCGUUCGAGAAGACUCGUUCACCGACGUCCAUCAAGAGCAAGAUGGAGGAAUUCCUAGGCAUUUUCCGAUGCUACAACGAGUACCUGUCGUUUACGGGUGGCGACGGAGAUCCCGAUGAGGAGGAGUUGGACCAAGAGGAGUACCUGGAUAAGCGCAUAGAAAGAGCGAGGUGUAUUGGUAGGAAGCAAGUGGGAGAUCUGAAAGGUCGACACAUCAUGAGGUGGACAAAGAAGGGGUGGAUCGAAAUGUUUAACGAAGCGUUUGCCUCUAAUGCUGCUGUUGUUCGCUCGACGAAGAUUUCGUCGCAUCAGGUCUCUUCUGACAACGAGGACGAGGGUCGCGAGCGAUCGAGCGAUCACGAAGCGGAUGCCGCGGACGACACUCACGAACAUAACACUUUGAAUGCACCUACCGCAGAUGACGUCAAUAUGAUCGCACCGUCCUCGCCUCGAGCACAUUCGCCUCCUCCCCAGCCCAGUCGUUCGCCAUCCCCGAUGCUCGAUGCCGCUCAGCGUGAGCAAACACCGGAAGUAGAAAUAAUCACUCCAGGCACUACCACUGAUCGAGCUCCCAAUGCCCCCCGUGUUCCUAUUCCUGCCACACCUGUCACACCUCCUGCUCCCGCUCCCGCUGAUGCGCAACGCGCGCGCGCUGCUCCAGCUACCCAGUCUCAGAAAGCUCGUCAGCAAGAUGUGCAGCCAAACGUGGCUCGAGUUCAAGAUGAACGGACUCCGGCGGGCAAAAGCCGUAGUCGAAACAAUCGCCAAACGACAACCUCCGCCACCGCCACACCCGAUAAGAAAGAAGCAGCGAGUGGCACUUUGAAGGUGAAGUCACCCAGCGGGCAGCAGAAGCGUGAUGCGGCGAAACGGGAAGGAAAGAAGGGGAAGAAUGCGAUAGAGAAUGUCAGUGAUUUCACGAGUGAGACUUCUACUUUUAUGAAGACACUUGGUGAGAGGAUGGGGGCUCGAUCGUCGUUGGAUGAGAUGAGGGAGAAGCGCUGGGCAAUGGAGGCGGAGGAGAAGCGUAUGCAGGAGCGCAUGAAGACACUUGAGCGUCUUGCAAACAGUGGCGACGCCCGAAUCGCAGAGGAGGCGUCGAAGAAGCUGGCAGCUAUGAUCGCGAUGAUGGAUUAA